CUGUGAUGUAAACAUAACACCUAACCUCAAAUAAGAAACUCGUUAAACUCGUAUUUACUUACUUUAAAUUUAAAAUGAAAUAAUGAAUGUUAUACUACAAUAAAGUAAAAAGUAAAUAAACACUAUGGGGAACUCCAUAUCGUCGUAUUUAAGUAAAUCUGAAGUAGAAGAAGAAUUAUCACUGGAAAAGGCCUGUAAACUCUUAGAAGCCGUUGACAAUGAAGAUAAAACCGAAAAACAAACCAAAUACGACAUUCCCGAUAAUCUAGUGUCUACAAAAGUUGGUAAAAUUACAGAUAUAAUUAACGAUAACUACAUUAUAGAUGGUACUUACGUUUUUUCAAUGAAUUCAAUACUGGACUUAACCAUAGGUUCCACAGUCUCCUAUAAUUUAUUUAAUUCAGAUAAUACCUUUAAAGUAGUAAAUCUAUCACCCAUUAACAAUGAAUGGGAUUCGAUAGAAAAUUCUGAUUCUAUAUGGAACGGUAGAAUGAUCAUUUGUCAAGUUGAAAAACGAGUUGAACGAAAAUUAUUCCUAUCUGAAACAGAUAUCGCUAUUAAUUUGGAUGACGUACCUUUAGAAUUUUUACCAAUGGUUGGAGAUUGGUUAGAACUUGAUGUUAAAUGUAUGGUAAAUGAAAAUAAUUUGGAUUUAAGUGGGAAAAUCAUAGAAAUUAACAGAGUAUCUCCAGUGAGGUUGCAUAUUGAAACUGGGAAAAUAACUAGUUGGAAGCACAAUGAAGAGGUUGGAACUAUUAACAACAAAAUAUUUUUUAAUAAAGCAGCUCUUUCGAUGGGCUACGUACCAUUAUUAGGCGAUAGAAUAGUUUCAGAAGUAAUAGAAAGCGAUCAAAACCGAUGUUCAUGGCGGGCUAUUAAACUUUUACCCGAAUCCAUGUCCAAAAAAUACGAAAAAGUGACUAAAUCCCCGAUGAACGUGUCAGAUUGUAAAGACAGUUAUCCGGGAUUAAACAUCAGCGAUGUAAAUCUUACUUUCAAUAAAUUGGGCGAAGCAAAGAAAUUUUUCAUCGAUAUUAAAAAUAAUACGGAAGAAAUUUUGAAUUUAAAGGCAGCUGAGUUUAUUAAUGAUAAUUAUCAGUGCAAAAUUGUUAGCGAUAAUGAAAAUAUCGCACUGUUACCAGAGAAGUCCCAUAAGAUUCCAUGCGAAUGUCUUACUAAAAACGUCGGUCAUAACAAGGAAUUUUUUAUAUUAACUUUUGAGCAAUUUACAAUAGGUAAAUGGGCCGAUAUUUUAGUUACAAUUAAUACAACUAAUGAGAAGAUUCCUUACGAGUAUAAACCAAAAUUGCAACUACACGAAGAAUCUACAAACGAGCUUAUACGUGGACAAAGUGGAGGAGCAUCGCGUUUCGCAGCUGCGCGAUUACCGAAUUAUUUAAUACCGCAAAGACUUAUCGAUGCAAUAUCGAAUUUCGAUUCUAAAAACAUCGAAAUUCUUAUCGAUCAUCUAAAAGUAGUAAAACCAUCAUUAACUUCGAAUCUAACUCUUUUAAACUACGAAGAUAAGUUCCACACGCUGUUGCAUCUUGACGAGAUAGCUAAUUUGGUGGCUAUCAGAACCUACGAUCAAGACAGAGCUUGUUUCAUCAGAAACGCAGAAUUUUUAAUGUUAGAAAUCGAAAAUCUAUCAGAACGAAGACCAUCGCUCAUCAUUGGAGAUAGAAUCAUAGCGACGGAUCCGAUGAAUGUCAAAAGUUUAGAUUACGAAGGUUUCAUACAUAAAGUCGGAGCGAAACAUGUGUACAUCAAAUUUAAUCAACUAUUCCAUGACAGUUAUAACGGUGAAGACUAUUCGAUUAAAGUUGUACCCGGUAGAGGUUCGUAUAAACGGUUACACCACGCCGUACACUUAGCAGCGAGAAAUUUGGGCCAGCAGUUACUAUUUCCCGCAAAAAUUGUCGAGAAAGAACCGCAAAUUGAUUUCGAUUGGGAUAAAGAUGUCUCAACGACGUCGCCUAGAAAUAAAGCGUUGGAUGUGAUAAACAAAAUUCAAAAACAUAUAAAUAAAGACGGCAGCACCGCAGUCAAAUUGGAAUGGUACAAUAAUAAAUUGAACCCGAAACAGAAGAACGCCGUGAGACACAUCCUGUGGGGUAAAGCCAGGCCUCUGCCGUACAUUAUUUUCGGUCCUCCCGGUACGGGAAAGACCGUAACAGUAAUCGAAACUGUUUUGCAAAUAGUUAGAUUGUUGCCGGCUUCAAGAUUAUUGGUGACUGCUCCUUCCAAUAGCGCUGCUGAUUUGAUAGCUUUGAGGCUGAUUGAUUCAGGGGUACUUGUGCCGGGAGAUCUGGUUAGAAUCGUUUCUUAUAAUUACGCGAUGAGCGAUAUGAUUCCGGCUAAGUUGGUACCUUAUUGCGCCACUGCCAGCAAUGCCAAAGAAGAUACUAGUUUUACUGAUAUUUCUUCCACUGGGGGCAUAAAGCUUGAGUGUUGUCAAUCGACUUUAGGUCGGCACAGAAUCACCGUUGCCACAUGCAGCGCUUCCGGUCAGUUUUUUAACAUGAACUUACCGAAAGGCCAUUUCACUCAUAUCAUCGUCGAUGAAGCCGCUCAGGCCGCCGAACCUGACGUCAUGAUUCCCAUGGCACUCUUGGAUAAAAAUUCCGGACAAGUUGUACUAGCAGGCGAUCCCAUGCAAUUAGGGCCUGUAAUUAUUUGCAAAAUAGCUUCGGAAUGCGGUCUAAAUGAAUCGUAUUUGGAAAGAUUGAUUAACAGGUUCCCCUAUAUCAGAGAUCCCGAAGGUUUCCCGGAAACGUCCGGGUUCGAUCCGAGAUUGGUUACGAAAUUGCUGUAUAAUUACAGAGCCCUUCCGGAUAUUCUGAACUUGUACAACAAAUUGUUUUACAGUGAUGAACUAAUCGCAACUAUCGAUGAAGAACAUAGCGAAGAAGCAAAAUUGUUGAGCACUCUUCAAGAGAUUCUGCCGAAGAAAUCAGCGGGAGGGCGCGUUGGUCAAAUUAUAUUUCACGGCGUGGACGGUGUCAAUUAUCAAAGCGCUGAUUCGCCGUCUUGGUUCAAUCCACAAGAAGCCGCGCAGAUUUUUCAUUAUGUAAACGAAUUUUAUAGGUUAGGAGUGAAAUCGAGCGGCGUUGGAAUCAUUACUCCUUACAUAAAACAGGUUAAAGAGAUCCGAUCACUGCUGUCAGAAGCUGAAUUCGACGUCCCGAGAAUCGGGACUAUAGAAGAGUUCCAAGGCCAGGAAUUCGAUGUUAUCAUUCUAUCGACGGUACGAUCUUGUGAAGAGUACCUUUCUUCUGAUAUCGCGCACAGUUUAGGUUUCGUGGCCAGUCCCAAGAGACUGAACGUCGCCAUUUCUAGGUCUAAAUCUCUUUUGAUCGUUAUCGGAAAUCCUAAACUAUUGUGCCAGGAUACCUAUUGGAGAUACGUGGUGAAAUAUUGUAUCGAUAUGGGCUGUUAUGUUGGCUGUGAAUUUUGAAAUGUAUUGUACUAUUGUUAGUGUUUUUGGGUUCGUUGCAGUUGCAUUCAAUCUGAAAACAAAAAAUGUUAAAAACGGCAAACGAUUUUAUGUACCUACUUAAGCUUUUAAGAUUAAAAUAUAUUUUUUGUACGAUU